AUGUCAUCAGGUCCUGAAGGUGCAGGGACCUCUGCAGGGACCUCGGCGGGAACGUCUGCAGGCACGCCAGCCACAAGCCACCCCCCUCACCCAAUCUUCCCACCACUCCCCCCAUCAACUCCAUCCGCAGCAACCCCUGGGACUCCACACAGUAUAACUCACAACCUAAUGGAACAAAGUUGGUAUUGGGGUGACGCCGAUCGAUCUUCGGUCUCAAAAGCGCUCUCCGACCAGCCGGAUGGCUCAUUUGUCGUCAGAAACGCUUCGACUCCGGGCGAUUUCACACUUUGUGUGAAAUUCGAGGGUCAAGUAAAACUGCUGAAAAUUGUGGUGAAAGACGGAAAGUGUGGAUUCAAUUCCGACUCGAUGACCCAUCAAUCCGUUACGAAUCUCGUUGAUUUUCAUCGAAAAAUCUCGUUGAAUCUGUACAAUGACGCGUUGAACGUGUGUCUUCUGUAUCCGGUAUCUGUGAGACGGAAUUCACAGAAUGGAAAACCACUUUUUAAGAAGGGACAUUUACAGCAGAGACUGGUGUUGACCGCGAAGAAUGAUAAGGAAUGGCGAGACCGUCUCGAGAUGGAAGCCCUCCGAGCAGUGCAUCUGGCGUUCGAGCGAGGCGCGAAAUUGUUCGAUGCGUGUCAUCAAGAAAUGGAAAAAGCCGAGGGAUUAUAUCAUGCACUCAAUCAAUCAAUCAAAGAAACUGAACUGAAAUUAAGACAAUUAGUGCCAUUAGCCACUGUGGAGAGAGAAAUUUCUGAAGAGAUUCAGACGUCGUUGUCCACUAGUGAAAUGAUUAAAGAAGUGUUCGUUAAUAAUGGAGAGUUCAUCAAGGAGUCAAUCCGUCGAAUGCGUGCCGAACUGAAGGAAUUACUCGAGAAGAAACAAGAACUGUCGAAGAUAACGGAUGAGAUUGAAUCGAAGAAGCAACACGCAAAACAUCGGCUCUCGGAGCUCAUGGAAGUUCGGAAUGCGGUCUACGAUCAAAUGGAUCCAUCACUUUGUACUCGAAUGGCUCAGCUAUUGGAUACGGGAGGAGAACUGAUUAAUAGUGAACCGAUGAAAGUGACUCAAUUAUUGGCUGAUUUGGAGCUGAGAUGGACUCCCGCACAGUUCUUAAUGUGUAGCUCGUCGAAAGAGAAUGCGGCGAACGCGUUGAUUCAUGCGAGAUAUCGAAUCGCUCAGUUGGAUAAGGCGGUUGGGUUGAAACGAGAGCCAAUGGAUGGAAUCUUUUUGAUUCGCGCCUCGAAGUCUUAUACGGACAAACUGGUGCUGAGUGUGCUCCACGGCGAACGUGUCUCUCACUGUCUAAUCGAACAAAACGAGGAGGGAUGGGGAUUCGAGCACAGUAACGUCUACCUGACGACAAUUCACGAUUUCGUCCGUUACUACGCUCACAACUCACUCGAAACGCACGCCGACGCGAUUAAGACCAAAUUGAAAGUACCCGCAUUCGAUGUGGCGACGAAGGACGACACCUCGAAACCGAUGCGAAACGGUCCAGGACAGGUGUGGACGCCUCUCCCUCUAUCUAUGAAGUAUAUGGAGAAGGCGUUGUUGACUGACGAUCCGACACGCCCACCGUCGUGGUCACCGGAGCCGAGACCCGACUCGUGGAGCCCACGAUCCACGGAAUCACGAUUGAUUCGGCCGACGACGUUCCCGGCGACGAUUCCCGAGAUUGCUGAGGCGCCUGAGGCGGAGAAUCCGGAAAUUGCCGAACCGGAGAAUUGA